AUGUGGUCAUGGAUUGAUCCGAGGCAAAGACCUUCCUGGAUCUUCCGCAUUUUCUCUCGUGGAAUCAAGCUCUCAUACGUGACGGAUGACUACGGGCAGCGGUUGAGAGGAUGCCGGGAUCUUGACGAGGGGAAGAGGUUGCACUCCGAGAUAAUCAAGCGUGGCUAUGGCGGAGACACCUUCCUUGGGAAUCUUCUCGUUAGGAUGUAUGGCAGCUUUGAGAGGCUAGAGGAGGCGACGUGGGUGUUUACGAGUCUUCAGGAGCGCAAUGUCUUCUCGUGGAACAUCCUGCUCCAUGCUUUUGCCCAGUCUGGGCAUAUGGAAGGAUCGAAAGAUGCUUUUGAAAAGAUGCCCCUGCGCAGCAUUGUGUCGUGGAACGACAUGCUAUGGGCGCUCGGCGAGGACUGCGCAGCGAUGCAGGCGAAGAAUGUUUUCGACGAGAUGCCUGAGAGGAACGUGAUAUCGUGGGCGAGCCUCGCUGCAGCAUUUGCCCGUGCCGAGAAAGCCGACGAGGCGGCGCUCGUUUGCGGGCAAAUGCCGGGAUGGAAUGCCGUCGCGUGCACUACGCUGGUGGCGGCGCUGGCGCGGGCCGGGAAGCUGGACGAGUCGCGGGCCAUGUUUGAGGCCAUGCCCGAGCGCAGCAGCGUCAGCUGGAACGUUUUCAUCUCGGCCUGUGCGCUCUCCGGCCACCUCGAGCGCUGCACUGCCGUGUUCGAGCGAAUGCCGGCCUGGGACGUGGUCUCGUGGAACUCGCUCAUGCAAGCUUACGUCGAGAAUCACUGCACGGAGCAAGCCAAGGCCGUGUUUGAUGCAAUGCCGCUCCACAACCUUGUCACCUGCAAUGCGCUCAUCGCGGCCUACGGCAGCCAUGGGAUGCCGGAUGACGCCAAGCUCGUGUUUGACGGGAUGCGCGAGAGGGAUGCAUUGUCAUGGGUGCUCGUCGCCAGAGCUACUGCCGCGGCUGGGAGCUUGGUCGUGUUGGAGCGGCUCCUGGACAAGAUCCCGUGCCAUAGCCUGGUGGCUCGCAACGUCGCCCUCCAUGCAGCUGCUAGGGGCGGAGAUCUUCCAGGGGCCGCGAGCAUGUUUGCAAGCCAGGAGCUGUGCUAUCACCGGGACUUGUUCUCCUGGACGACGAUGGUGAUGGCGCUAGCGGAGCAGCAAAACAGUCCCAAGAAUCUAGACCUGGCCAGGGAAGUUUUCACCAGGAUGGCCUGCUGGGAUGUCACAGCUUGGAACGCCAUGCUCGCCGGCUACAGCCGUGCCGGAGACGCUCCGGGGACGAAGCUGCUCUUCGACGAGAUGCCCGAGCGGGAUCUGGUGUCGUGGACGAGCCUGUUGGCGGUGUGCAGCGACGACGCCCUGAACGCGGCCAUGCACAGAGUGCCUGCUCGAGACGUGGUGCUGUGGAACAUCGUGGCGGGGGCGUAUGCCCAGCUCGGGCACAUCGAGCAGGCGAAGGCCACCUUCGAUGCCAUGGACGAGCGGGACACCGUGUCGUGGAACACCAUCGUUUCGGCGUAUGCCCAAGCCGGGCGUAGCCGGGCAUCACUCGCCACCUUCUGCGCCAUGGAUCUGGAAGGCGUGAAGCUCGACGAUGUCAGCUACGUGAGCCUGGUCGAGGCAGUGAGCGGGAGCAGCGAGAGCAGCCUCAGCGCGAUGCGUGGAGUGCACGAGAUCAUAGCCGGGGUGGACGAUGGCCGGCUCCUGGCCCAGGUGACGAAGGUGGCGAACGCGGUGCUCAACAUGUACGCCAAGCGUGGGAUGCUCCAGGCCGCGAGGGAGGUGUUCGACGCCAUGCAAGCGCAGGCCCGGGACGUAGUGACUUGGAGCACGCUCAUCGCUGCCUAUGGCUCGGCCUGUUUCACUCCAGCGGCGCUGGAGCAGACUUUGCAUCUCUUUGGCACGAUGCAGCUGCAAGGGAUCCAGGCGGACGCCAUCACUUUCGUGUCUCUCCUGGCCGCUUGCAGCCAAGCUGGGCAUCUCGUCCAUGCCAUGGCGCUCUUCGCUGCAGUGGCAGCGAGGGAUUUUGCCGGAGUUGCUGCGAGCCUGGAGCACUAUGUGUGCUUGAUCGAUGCACUGGCUCGGGCGGGGGAGCUUUCACAGGCACACGAGCUGCUCGAGUGCAUGCCUUUUGAGCCGAAUGCUCUGGCGUGGCAGACGCUGCUGGGGUGUGCCAAGGAUCAGCUCGAUCUGUGUCGAGGCCAAGAGGCUUUCCGCCACCUUGUUCUUCUGUUUCCACCGGGAGCUCCGUCGCUGGCCUCGGCCUACACUCUCUUGUUGCAAAUCUCUUUUUCUUGCAGAGAGGUCGACACAGGAUAG